CGCUCUCCGCCGCGCGUGCGCAGGGACGGUUGGCGGUACGGCCUUUACGCCGGCUCCCGGAGCCGUUCUAGAAAUUUCUGGGGCCCUGCUUCUUCCCACACCCGAUGGCCUGAUGCAAAAAGAGCACCGACGAGAAGAGGAGGUGGACGCAACUUCUUUUGGGAGCUAACGUUUUUGCCGAACACGCCAUGCAGAAUUAGCGGUGUGAAUGUGUAGACCUGAGUACACUUCGGCGGGGUGUGUAUUGUGCGGUGAAACUUUGCUGUUCGUAGUUGUCACCGUUCCAAAGCGGAGCGGUUUUCUGUGAACAUGAUUUGUACCUUUUUACGAGCUGUACAGUGUGCGGAGAAGCUGCGCAGGUCCUCCGGGAAGCGGCUGUUUCUGCCACACUUAGUGCUUAACAAAGCUUGCUUGAAGACUGCGCCCACGUUGAGCUGGGGUCUGCGAGAGCCAAAGAAAACGGUGCGCCCUAAAUGUGCCCCUGACGUCACCCAGAAAACCAUCUGGACGCAGGGGCAGAGCCCCCCGAGCGCAAAAGAGGACAGCAGCAAGCAGGUGUCUGUGCACAGAGAGACCGGAGAGACCAUCAUCUCAACGUCACAGAAAGUGAAGGAAGCUGGGAGAGAUUUUACCUACCUGGUGGUGGUUCUUAUUGGAAUCGGCAUCACAGGUGGCCUGUUUUACACAAUUUUCAGAGAACUGUUUUCUUCGUCCAGUCCUAAUAAGAUCUAUGGGAAAGCCUUAGAAAAAUGCAGAUCACAUCCAGAGGUGAUCAGUGUCUUCGGUGAGCCGGUGAAGGGCUACGGGGAGGCGACCCGCCGCGGGCGAAGGCAGCACGUCAGUUUCAUUGAGUACGUCAAGGAUGGGCUGAAACACAUGCGUGUGAAGUUCUACAUCCAAGGCUCCGAGCCUGGGAAGCAAGGAACAGUGCAUCUCGAAGUGAAAGAGAACCCAGAAAGUGGCGAAUAUGAAUUUCGAUACAUAUUUGUUGAACUUGAGUCCUUCCCUGGAAGAACUAUUGUCAUCGAAGACAAUCGAUCCUGAGGGCAUCGCGGGACUCAGGCACGCGCGGCUUCCGGUGGGGGGGGGAGGGAUGUGGAACCCCGCACACCCGCAGGCUGGUCUCCCCGCUCUCCUCCCGAGUCUGCAGAGUAAGACAGGAAAGAACACACGGCUCAUAAAAGUGAGCGUAAGGGUAGUAAUUGCAUUUAGACACACUGAAGUGGCGAUUUUCCUGUAGACGGCAAAAUCGUGAAAUGGAAUGUAUUUUACGUUCUCUCUGAAUCGAUCGUGGACAGUGUUUCUGCUCUAGUGAAGAUCAUCUUUCACGAUAAGAGAUUUUUGUUAUUAAACGCUUUAUACCAUGUAAA